UGCUGCUUCAUGUCUUGACUGUGUUCAUCCAGAGCACACACACCAAAAAUUCAUUCCGUUCUUGUUCGUUGACUGUAAAAGAGUUUCUCCAUCGGUGUUCUUCCACUUCCAUCAUCGAGAAUUUAGAAAAAAAAUUUCGAAAGAUAAAACUUGAGCAAAAGACAGAAAAAAACCAUAACCAUUCAAAGUGCUUAGUAAACUUAACUUUGUUAAAAAGUGACUAAAAAGCUCAGGAGCAAACAUAAAUCACCUGUGUGUCCUCCUCCUCUCCGGGUUCGGGAAAAAUCAAUCAAAUUUAAAAAACACUCAAAAAAAACCUAUUCCCCCAAAAAACACACACAAAUCAUGGACUUCAAUUUUUCCGAAUUGAAGCAAGAUACCCAAAAUGCCAUGAGCAAUCCUCUCGAUCUUAAUUUGGGGGUUGAUAAGGUCAAUGCUGCAGCACCACCUGCAGCUGCAGCAGACCACUCCCCAAAAGACAAUUCAGAGGGUAAAAAAUCCACUGGCAGUUCGCUAGACGACGACUGGCUAGUGCAUGUCGAUGAUUCCAAAAUCACCGAACAAGCUGCCGAUGAUUUUGGUGAUUUCAUCACUACCGCAAAGCAUAAUGUCAAUUCAGCUGCUUCUGACUUUGGCAAUGCUUUCAAUGAAAAAUUCGAUAAGGCUGAAAAAGCCGGAAAUACAUUCAUGUCCGAUAUGACUCGGGAUUUCAUGAAUGCCGAACGUGGUAUGUUUGGUUCAGCUCCGGCUACAGCUCCAACUCCAGUUGUCAUGGAGAAUAAAGUUGAUAUUAAGCCAGAGCCAAUAGUAUCCGAACCUAAAAACGAUCUUAAACCAAUUGUACCAUCAGCUCCGGUACAUGAUGACGAUGAAUCCGAUGAUGAUGAUUCAAUUAAACCACAAAACGAACAGAAAUCAUCUGUUGGUGGUAGUAAAUUCUAUGAUGAUUUCGCUGACAACGAUUCACCAUCGAUUUCUUACAAUCCAUCACCAAUUAAAAAAAAUCCAGUUGCAACUGCUUUGAAAGAGCAAGAGAAUGAGAAAUUUAUCUCUUCUGAAGAUUUAUUGGGUGAUUUUAAAGAAGAACGUACAGCAACACCAGAAUUUAGUCAAUCGACUGUUGUACCAGCACAAAAUCCAACUUCUUCCGGUUUGGCUGAAGAAGUUAGUGAUUUGUUGGGUGAUUUUAAUAAGAAAUCUCCAAUUGUUGAUGAGGUUAAGAAACCAGAGGUAGUUCCAGUACCAGCUCCAGUUGCUGUGGAACCUAUUAAACCAGUAGCACCGAAAGUUGAGGAGAAACCUAAGGAAUUGCCGGCUUUGCCUAAGACAGCUCCUACAGUUCCAGCUCAUGCUACAGCUGCAUCGUCGUCAGUUCCUCCAGCUGUGCCGGCUAGGAAGGCACCCACACCCAAGCAAUCGCCAACUUCGUCGGGGCCGACAAUUGUCUCGGUGGAAGAGAUAUUCUACAAAUAUGGUUUAGAUGUUUGGUUUAAGCCGGAACGCUUGCAUCCAAGAGUGGAAUCCCUAAUCUACUGGCGAGAUGUGAAGAAAUCAGGAAUCGUUUUCGGUGCUGGACUGAUAACUUUAUUGGCUAUUGCAUGCUUCUCAGUAAUCAGUGUAUUUGCAUAUUUAUCAAUUCUUGCAUUAGCUGGUACAGUAUCGUUCCGUAUCUACAAAACAGUGAUGGCAGCCAUCCAAAAAACAUCAGAAGGACAUCCCUUCAAGGAAUACCUCGAAUUCGAUUUGACCAUCUCACAAGAACGAGUACAACAAGUGACUAGCGUUGCUGUUGCACAUGUAAAUGGAUUCACAGCUGAAUUAAGGCGAUUAUUUUUGGUUGAUGAUUUGGUUGAUUCACUGAAAUUCGGUGUUAUUCUGUGGUUCAUGACAUACAUUGGAGCUUGGUUCAAUGGCAUGACAUUGGUGAUGUUGGCCUUUGUGUCACUCUUCACUUUGCCAAAAUUGUACGAAAGCAACAAACAAUCAAUCGACUCAUAUUUGGAUUUGGUACGAACCAAGGUGACAGAAAUUACCGACAAGGUCAAAGUAGCCAUCCCAAUCGGCAAGAAGGCGCCAGUUGAGUCCGAGAAGGACAAAUAAAUCAUUUUCGAAGAUUUAUCAACACACAAACAAAAAUAAAAAAAAUGUUGAAUUAAACAAAAUAAAAACAUAAAAAAAAAAAAACAAUUUAAAACAUUUAACUAUAGGAUAAAAAAAAACACAACAUUCAACAACUAUCAGCAGCAACAACAACAACAAAAAGAAUUGUAAUAUAAGUUGAUUACAAAUAUGUAUUACCAUCCAUACUCAUAGAUAUGUGUUUCUAUAAAAUUUCUUUUGACGAUUCCUCUUAUGAAUUUAAUUAAUUAAUAAAAAAAAAAAUCAACAACAAAUAAAAAUUAAUUAAACAAAAAAAUACCAACAACCAAUUUUUUUCUUUUCUUUCUAAGAGAGAGUCAAUUCUUAACAUCUGAAUUUGAAAUAAAAGAAUUUAAUAAAAAAAAAUAAACUAUUAUUGUUACUUAAAGUUUAUUUAAUUUUUUUUAUUUUAAUUUGCGCUCUUUACCUUGAUUUAAACAACAAAAAAAAUUUUCUUGCAAAAGAGACAACUUUAUUACCUUUUUAUUAUUUUUUGUCCAUUUAGAUAUUAUAAUUAUAUUAUGAUAAUUGUAUCUUUAAAAAAAAUAAACAAAAGCAAAAUUAAUUUAAUUUAAUACAAAAAAAGAAAUAUAAUAAAACAACAACAAAAAAAAAACAUUAUAAAUAUAUUUAUAUUAUUCUUUUCCUAUAUAUUAUAUAUUAUUUUGUUUUUAAUUUUUAAUUAAAAUUUGUUUUAAUAUUAACAUUAUACAAUGUAAAAAAAACACAACAGUUAAGUGAAAUGAAAAAAACAAAA